UCCACGUGUUUUGGUAUACGUGUAAAAUACCUUAAGCGCAAUUACUAUGUAAUUGGAGGUAAUACGUUUUUAGUAAUGACGAUUCACGUUCAUUUAUAUAAAUAUAUAAAGAUCAACUAAAAAGUAAUACACGUAGACUGAUAAAACGUUAGUACGAACAUGUUUCUACUUAGCUGGAUAAGGGACAUAUUUGCAUUCUUCGGCUUCAAGAGGAAUGCCAAACUGCUUAUCAUUGGACUGGAUAACGCGGGAAAGUCCACGUUCCUGGACCGCGUGGCAGACGGCAGGCUCGUACAGAAUCCACCCACCCUGCAGACAAGGUGCAAGCAACUGGACCUUGGGCGUCUGCGAUUCACCGCCUACGAUUUGGGUGGACAUCCGCAUGUCCGACGUAUAUGGCGGGACUACUUUCCCGCCGUCGACGGCAUCCUGUUCGUGGUAGACGCCGCCGACGAGGCGAGGUUCGAGGAAGCAAAGGCAGAACUUGAUAGCGUUCUGACAUGCGACAUCACGCCCGACGUUCCCGUUGCCAUCUUGAUGAACAAGAUUGACCGAAAGGAAGCAGUGAGCGAGGAAAGUCUCGUUCAGGCGUUCAACCUCUACCCCACCAAAACAGGAAAGGAGCACGUUCCACGGGAGAAGCUCGGUCGACGGUCCGUGGAGACGUUUCCCACCAGCCUCGUCAAGCGUCUGGGUUACGGGGAGGCGCUCCGGUGGCUUGCCUACUACAUUGAAUGACCCGCUGCAAUAGUCGCCCAUAAGUUACCGGAAAUAGACUUGCGCGGUGGUUUUCGUUGCAGGGUGCUUAAUAAUUCGGUCUAAGUGUAGAAUCUGUGUGCAGAAUCGGUUCAUUAUUGUAAGAAUCUGUAAUCGGAUCUGUGUUUCUAGUUCAGGGCAGCGGUACACAGAGCAGAAGUUACUGUCAGCAUUUAAUUUAGUAUUAUCAUAUAGAUGGACAUAUUGUUUUAUAACACCGAACAUUUCACUACUUCACUACCUAAUAGUCGUUCUUGUGACACAAUAUUAAUGCAUUAAAGUUUGUCUUUGCCAAAAGAUCACCAUCAGGAUCAGAAUGAUCAUAAUCAUACUGAACAUCAUCAUUUUACCUUCGUCAUUUAAGGAUUGUAUGUAAAUGUUAUCCCUAUGAUUAUCGUUAUUGUUAAUAGUUGUAACUCUCGGUUUGUUAUAUUCGGUUAUUUGAGUGUAUUAUUUUUUAGACUCAAACUUGUUCAAACAAUUUCGCUCAUGUAUUUGUCAUUAAUUG